AUGGAAUGCUCAGUUGGACUUGGUGAUUUUGAAGUAUCAGUCAAAAGUUCAAGCUUAACAUACACUGACGAUUAUCAAGUACUAAUAUGUAAGUGCAAUUCAAAAAGGCAAAGGGUUGUGGCCUUGGCUCUUCCUAAUUUGCAUCUUCAAGGCACAAUUUCCCCGUCUUUAGCCAAUUUGUCCUUUCUCAGUGUGCUCAAUCUCGAGAACAACUUAUUCAAUGGUGGCAUCCCUUACGAACUUGGCCACUUACCUCGCUUGCGAGUGAUUGAUAUUCAAAAUAAUCAGCUCCAAGGAAGUAUUCCAUCAAGUCUAUUUCAACACCGGAGAGUUUAG